AUGUCCGGCAUGCCUGAAUCCUGCACGUCCCUGCCUGAGCCCCUCUCCUGCUCACCUGUACCACGCCAAGCGCUUCGCCUCCCAUUUCACUAUUUCCUGAACGCAGUCCGCGACAGACUGAUAGAUGACAUCACCGAGGCGUCCAAGCAUGGUCGGAGUCACAGACUGGCGACACGGUACAAAGAUGGCUUCCUCCUCGGUCCAUCCCCAGCAUCGUCCGAAUGGAGCGUAGGCUGGGAACAUCCCACACCCACGCGACCGCUGAUCUACAGCUCCUUGGAGGUCCAACUGUGCUACUCCUCCUCUCGGGCACAGCUGAUCAUACACCCCGUACUCAGGCCGACGUUCUACCUCCCGCUCAUCAAGACAUCACCGCUUCCGCACGGGGCGCCGAUACUCUUGCUCCCUUACGGCGUUCCCGCGUACUACCUCAACACGUAUACUGGCCCUACGUCCGCGCUUACGGGCCAGUUCCAGGAGGCCUUGAUGGGUCUGGGUGCAGGCGACUGGAAAGGCGACGUGUCUCCCUCGGUCCCUCGCGAUAGCACAGGCUCUACGACGGGGAAAGAGGGACCCACAUACAUGAUCGCUUGGCUCUCUGUGCAGAACAAGCAAGGCGAAGACAAGGGCAUGCCGAUCAUCUGGCCAGUGCGACUCUGCCUCUCGUAUCAUCCCACUUCCCCUUCUCUACACGCCCGGACACCCUUGCCAUACAUUCCGGAGCUGCCCAAUCAAUUGCAAGCAUCCCCUCCGCCUCCUGUUCCAGCCGUACCUGCAGCGUUCGCAAAUCGGAAAGCAGAAACCUUGUCCACACGCAACAGCAGUCGGGACGUAACUCCAUCUCAAGGAGCACAGGGACCCCCCGAACAGGGUCUGCCGCCGGCUACGAUCUCUCGGCGGCCCGCGGUGCAGAGAUCGCCAGCGACGGUUGACUCCUCGCGGGCGUUUCGAGGGAUGACGCUCCUGUCGACUCCCUCCACACGCUCGUUGCAAACGGUCGUCAGUGAGGUCAGCGGAUACGUGGACAUUGUCGCCAAGGAGAGGGAGCGUGAACGCGAAAGAAUGAAACGGGAAAAGGAGAACGCCAGCAUUCGAGCUCGCACGAGCAGCUUCAGCGGGAUGCCAGUUGCCUCAAGCCCUCCACAACCUGAAACGGUGACCCCUCAGCGCCCUUUACCUGCCGCUGAGACUCAGCAGGCCGUAGAGCCCGUGCCAGACAUCGACCCUGUGCCCACUGCUGAGGAAUCGCCGAUGGACCAGGAUGCAGAGCCUCUGUUCCCUUCUUCCCAGGAGUCGUCCACCGAUUCACUGUUCUCUCCGGCUGAAGAAGGGAGCCCGCCGCCAACAGGCGAUGUUCCGUCUGCCGCUGAGGUGCCAAUGGACACGGGGCCCGAGAACGUAGUCCCACACCCUACUCAGCCGGAGUCCUCUGUAGAUAUGCCGCAAGACGGUCUCGCUGCGUUCGACCCCUUCGCCGGUUUCGGAGAUGGCAUGAACAGCUGGGCAGGUCCGUCGUCUAAUGACUUCAUGGGCGUCGACAUGGCUCUUGGCAUGGAUUUCACCGUAGGCAUGGGGGCAUUUGGUAACUCGCGUUCCGGGGCGGGUGUCGUAGGCGACUUUGACAUGGAUGAUGGCAUGGGGGUCUUCACCGACGACGAUUUCAGUUUCUUCGACGCGCCUUCAGUCCAGAGCCGCGUUACAGCCCCUGUGAUAGCGGCGAGCGUCGAGAACGUCAUCAAAGCCGGAGAAGGCCUGACGCCAACAGCGGGUCCUGCCCCUCUUGGGUUUUCGCCCCAGCGUGUCGGCGAUGGCAUGAGCGCAUCUGGUCCUGGACCGCCCUCCGCCGUAUUCACCAAUCGGUCCCCUUGGCCCCAAGGUCUCGUCACCGAGGGCCUCACUCCCCACCUGUUCGGCAACGCGGGCGACAUUAUCUCUCCUGCUCCGGAGUUGAUUCCUCCUUCACCCACAAGAAGCGCGUCGACGCAAUCCGCUCCGGCGACACCUCGCGUUCAUAUCUCUGAUGCCCCGGAAGGCCCCAUAUCGCUGAAGGGCCGAUAUUUAGGUAUCGGCCCUAGCAUCUUCGAACCGAUUCCUUUUGCACACGGGCAUCGCAUUGCCGACAGCAAGUAUGCCUUUGGUAAAUUUGCGCUGCCCAGCCCAUCGGAUACCGAGGACGGUGUCGAAAGCAUGCACUUCAUGCCGGCGAGUAGCGGUUGGAUGUUGAAGUACAGCGCUGCCACGGAUCCUAGGAUCGGCGUGAUAAAGAAACUCACCGAGUUCAAGCGCAAGGGACACGACCAGGACCGGCCGAACACUACGCCCGCUUGGAUGCGCGAGCAUGAAGAAUGGGAGGGAAGCGUACCGUCUCCUGUCAAUGAUGAUGAGGCGAGGUCGGAUAGCGAAUCUGAGGACGAGGACGUAUUGGCAGACGAUGAAGAUCCAGCUUCGACAAUGCGACCGUCUACGCCCCCACCGUCUUACCUACCACUUGGCCCUACGUUAUUGCAGACACGUUUUCAUCAUGGUAGGUUGCUUCCACUGAGCGGCCCUCUGAGGCCUCCAGGAUCCGCUGUCAGCAGCACGACUGGUGGUCCAGGCCCUGUAUCGGCACCUACACCUGUCUCGCCCGCUGCUGUACUGGGUGCGACGUCUGAGAAGUCUAAGUCACUGGAGGCGGCGGUACAGAUUCUCGUCAAAGAGAUUGUCGAGAACAACGUCUGGGCAGAAGCGUGGCGCGCCAAUGCGGCGGCCGCGUCGAUGUCAUUAAAACCUUCGUACGAGGUGUGGCAGACGGAUGUCCGAAGGGUAGGCCGACUCCUAGAGAGCAUCAAGACCGCUCAGUCUCCCGUGGCUCUUCAGCAGUAUUGCACUCCAGUUGUACAGGACGAUUCAGGCUUUGCUGUAUCGUUGCAUUCUCUGGAGCCUCCGAUGUUAACAAUCGGGAAAUCCGAUUCGUUGAUUCAGGUCUUGCCGACCGCUUUGCGCUUCUGGGAGAAGAUAGGGCUGGGUCCGAGAGCAGGCAGGAAGGAUGUGACGGCCUUUGUAUUCUUCGAGGGUUCUGGCGAGAGAAAGGAAGCCGAAACCAGCCAGUGGCUGGACAAGAUUUCCGCGACCUACUCUGCGAAGAGUUACGGGACACACAUUGCAGGUAUGGCACCGAUGUGCAGCAGAGCAGGCCUCGCCCCUGUCCAGUUCGACUCGCUGAAGAAGACGCUAGUCAAGUUUGUGUCCGGUCUCGCAGCCUCAACAACGACAGCAUACGUGUUCUACAUCGUCGCGCCUUCUUCGGUCGUUGCAUUGGACUCUCCUCUCUUACGCCAACUCUUCUCGGCAGUCAAACGUUGCACGAAAACGUAUCCGGACUUCAGGAUUCUAUACCAUUUCGUUCCGGAAGCUUUCCCAGCUGGAGCUCUGUCUGAUCCCCGAUACAAUCACGACGGACUCGAGCCAUUCGUUGCAGCUGUAUAUGACAGGUUGCUACAGCCUGUUGAACGCUCUGUGUCUCAGCAGCUAGCCGUGCACACGGGAUCGACGCGGGCGUAUUUCCAAGCACCUGCCUUCAGUCUGGCCUGUGCUCUACCUGGUAGGAAACCCGCGCUAGCGCAACACGAUCCGGCCACCAUUACCUUCACUCUCGAAACACGCCCCGGUUCCUUGGACUUGGUCAAUCGUCAUAUGUUGUACCAUAUAGGGUAUCUGGUCACGCCUUGCAGGCGAUGGCUGCUCGCAGCUGGCGUGGAUGAGCGGGGGGACUCGCAUGAACUUGGGGCUUGGCUCCUACCGGACGAGUCAGUCGAUGCAUUCAUCGUCAAACAGGUCUGGUCCUUUGCGAGGACGUGCACUGCGCGGGCGAAUGUGGAGUGGAGGCUCACUGUAGCCAAGCUGGGACCGAUGGGCGGUAUGGAAUUGAAUGCAUGGAUACAUCACCUCGACAGCGCUGUUGUGAGCGGCGUCGAAGCGCCUCCCAUGCGCGUGACGCUGCUCACCGUGGAGCACCAAAGAUCCUUGACCUUCCUCGCCCCGGCCGAUGGCCAGCGCCCCUCUUCUUCACACCACCCCUCUUCCAUUAGGUCGCCUCCUCGCGGGUCCUCCGGACAUGUCUUCGCAGACACAAUGUCAGCAACCUACGCGCUCUUCCCGCCCCCGUGUGCGAGCUGUGUUCCCGCGCUGAGUCUCGACCAGAUGAGCAGCAUCUACCCUGGCUCCCUCGACUUGCCGCAUAUACAAGACACGGAGGAUGAGGGGCCGCCUGCGUACGACCAGUCUGCAGUACGGGGCCUCGCGCGGAGCAUGCUGAUCAACGUCCCUGCCGGCACGGAUUAUACGUCCAUUGGCAGCGUCGAGAUCACCCAGCUGCACAGCGUCUGCUCUAGGACUUCGACUAGCCAACUGCGGCGUGCUGCAGACGAUGAUGCCAUGGUUGUCGACGACGGCCCGGGGGCCGCGAACGGGGGCUCGGAGGACGCGCGGAUGUUGCGCGACGUGACGCAUAACUAUCAUGCGCUUGCUGUGUUGGCGCAGGCGCGGUGGCAGCCUCGCGAUCAGGCGGGUCUGCCGCUGCAUUUGGCUGCGCUGGAAUCGAUGAAAAUGGCCCUCACAGGAGGUCCUGCGGAUGUAUGA